AUGUCUGCACGCCGAAAAGUCUAUGGAAGAAAGGAGUCGCUUUUUUUGGUGGGUGGUAUAUGUUUUUGUAUUGGUUUUGGUUUUUAUUGGAGGUGGGAAGGUCAGAAGGAGAUGGAAGGGGAAUCGGGGGAGGUGUUAAUUGAGGAAGCUCGGGUUUCUGGAAAGGAGGGGAAGGACAUUGUGGAGAAAGUUUAG